GGUCAGAGUGAAAAGCCAGCCAACCUGUAAACCGUGUGACGGCCCAUUGUGUGACAGUGGUCGUCGGUAGGUGUCUACUCGCGGCUGAGAUGUUGUGACGUCACAGCAAAACGUUAAUAACAUGGCUUCGAGCGCGCACAAAACGAUGAGGAGGAAACUGGUUGAUGGAGAUGGCGAGAUCCUCGCCGGAGCACCGAAGAGGAUGUGUCUGGAGACGGCACAAGAGGCUGACGACGGCGUCGUGACAUCGAAGGAGGCGAGUAGUCGGAGGUUUAAGGAGAAGCAUUCGUUGGACAGCGACGAAGAAGACCAAGCAGAAGGUGAAGCGUUGGACGAAGACGACAUAGAAGGACAGGAAGAUGCCACAAUAGAUUAUGAUGAAGGUAUAAAGAUAACCCCUUUCAACAUGAAGGAAGAGCUGGAGACUGGCCACUUUGACAAACAGGGGACAUAUAUCUUUGACAAACAGGAUGAGAUACGUGACAACUGGAUCGACAACAUUGACUGGCAAUAUGUGAAACACACAAGUCAGAGUAAACAGAAUUCGUCUGCAAGGAAGAGUUAUGAUGAUGAUGACGAUGAUGAUGAGGAGGAGGAAGAGUAUGAAUUUGGGGGGGGUGUUGAAAGUAAUUCGAUCUACGAGAAGAUGGUGAAACUGAUGUUACCAGGUGAGACUGUGCUGAGAGCAAUACGGCGUUUGGGUGGAGGGGUAAAGAGCAGGCAGAAGGCCUCCGCUGCCAACAGGUGGAAAACAAAGAUGGGAAGGAAAAAGAAUGAGGUCGACGAGAAGGAAAAGGAGUCACCAGAAGAGGGAGGGGAAGAAAAUAAGAAGAUUCAACAGCAACAGCAGCAACUGGAAGAGGAAAACAAAGAGAAGAUGUUGGAGUUGACCGGUUACGCUGACCAUAUGCUCUCCACUGGUCAGAUGGAGGUGUACGAGAUGACCUUUGAGAAACUGAACUAUAUUCUGAAGAAAGACUCCACUACAUCAGCUGACGUUGGUGACAUGUUGACAGGAAAGACAACAACAUCGGCAGAGGACAGCAACAGCAUGUUGGAUAUGUUUGCAGAUACAAUUGAUAAUAAGGACAAUAAUGUAACCAGGGCAACAGUCAGUGAUGCCAAGUCUACAGACAAAUCAGCUGAUAAUCAGAAUGGAACCUCAAAAGGUAAGGCUGUUUCUCAUUUUGCUACAUACAUACAUACAUACAUAAAUAUAUGUAUAUAG